UUGUGGAGGACUAUUUACAGGCUUUUGUUAGUAUUUAGUAUGACUUCUUUUCCAAGAGUUGAACUCGAAAAUGCUAUGCGAGAAAUCCUUGAGCGGAUUUUUUCAUCAAAUUUCACUUAUAAUGAUGAAGAUUCAAAAAAUAAUGUUGGAAAAUUUUUAAGGGAAAGCGUGGAUACUCUUAGGGAUCAGUACUCUAGUUAUAAAUUUUUUGUGUCAAUAAAUGUAAUUGAUAAAACUAAAGGAGGAAUGACGAGAGGCAGUCGCUAUAUCUACAACCAGGACACUGACGGCCUGCUAACUAUCAAAAGCGAGCAUGGAAAUACUUCUAUACUUGUAGAUGUUUAUGGCGUUGCUUAUCAAUAAUAACGAUUUAUAAAUU